GGUGAAAAAUACAACCAGAGACCUUCUUCGCCUUCAUCGUCUCUCCUGCGCACGCUAGGGUUUCUUUUUUCUGCGAACAGUCUCUGAUCUGCAGCUUAGUUAUCGUUCGUUGAUAUUUCACAGAUCAUACCCAACGACAAGAAGAAACCAUGCCUCGGUAUUAUUGUGAUUAUUGUGACACCUACUUGACACAUGAUUCUCCUUCUGUAAGGAAGCAGCACAAUGCCGGCUACAAACACAAGGCAAACGUUCGGAUUUACUAUCAACAAUAUGAAGCACAACAAAAUCAAUACCUAAUCGACCAAAAGGUGAAGGAGCAUCUUGGGCAAGCUGCAGCAUAUCAGCAAGUUGGUGCUGCUUAUAACCAGCUGAGGCCUCGUCUUCCUGUAUUACCUACUCCAAUGAUGCCAAUGCCCGGAAAUCCCCAGAUGGCUAUGAAUCCAUCAUUAAUGCCCGGGAUGAGACCACCUAUCUCUUUGCCAAGACCUAUGCCCGGAUAUCCAGGGAUGCCUCAAAUGGUUACACCGCCUGGUGCAACUUCUAUGCCCGGUCAAAUUAACCCAUCAAUGCCCGGUCAGGUUAACAACGGUGUGCCAAGACCGAUGACUAUGAGUGCACCAAUGAUGGUUCCAGGGAGCUCAGGAACACCGACAUCAGGUGCACCGCCAAUGUUCGCACCAUCUAUGUAUCAAGCUAGCCCAACACCACCACCACCACCAGCAGUAUCAGGAGGUUUUGAGACUACAAAUGCUAAUGCCCAAUCUCAAGAUGCCGACCAUUAAGUCCUGUAGCGGCUUUGUACUCGUAAAGGUAUCGUUGUAGCGGCUUUGUACUCGUAAUAUUCAACUGUUCUUUGUAAGAAGCCGAUAUGAAAACCGUUUUUCGGGAAAUAUUGUUAUUCUACAUUUUCGACCUUUUUUUCA